CAGCAACCGCCUGCUGGAGACAAUCAAAGUUUGGGAAGUACAAAAGAAAUUAAUUCAACUACCAUUGAACGGCGUAUAGACGUGAAUAUGGCGAACUUAUCUUUCAUAGACGGGAUGGCAAAAUCACUGUUAUCUCUAAAUAUCAUGGUGAUUAUUGGAUUACCUGGAAGUGGAAAGACUUCUCUCGUUUCCAAAACAGUUAUGUUUGCUUGUCAAAAAUUUACCACUAGUGCACAUGUCCGGCACAUGAAGGACAUAAAAGAGUUAAAGGAAAUAACCACGGACCAGAAAACUUUCCUUAUACUGGAUGAGUGUAUCAAAAGUUGGUUCAAUAAAAAUACCAUUGCUACUUUACUUAAAAAUGUUGAAAAUGUUGUUGAAGCUGGAAAGGGAAAGAUCCAUGCAUUGAUAUGUGUUCCAGCUACUAUUUCAAAACAUGAUCUCGAGGAGUUCCUAAAAAGUAGUUCUUUGCAAGAUAAAAUUUAUGAUCUAACCGUAGAUGGGUACACCGAAGAAGACUGGGGAGCAAUAUUCGACAGUCAUAUGCAAAGUAGAAAGGAAUGGAUCGAGAAUCAAAAAUACGAGAAAGGGGGCAUCGUUAAAUGUAUGGAGGCUUACAUUCAAUGUAAAGCUAAACAUAUAGGAAAAGCGACAAUACCGUCUCUCCUCUUUGAAAACGCGUAUUAUCUAACGAGUGCUUUAAAAUUUCUCGAAAAUCCAUAUGACUUGAUGUUGCAGCGAAUCAAAUUUUUAUCCAAAUCAAAUAGCGGAUCUGAUGUUCGUCAUUUUGCUGCUCUCGUAAUUCUCAUGUUGCACAAUGGAAAAACAAACAUUCGAGAUAUAAACAAAGAUAUGGUCACUGAACUAUGUCAAGUUUUCAAAGUGGAGAAUUUUUCAUUGUCUCAUGACUUACAGCAUGAAGACGUGGAACAGUAUGGAGACAUUGUCUCAAUACACUGCAGAGAAACAGUUCGUGUCACAUUUGAUGUUGUUUGGAAGGAGAGAAAAGAUUUGAUCAUCAAAUACUGUGACGGUGAAUUAUUUUUGGAACGCGUCUCCUUAUAUGGAGUGAAAAAAGUUGAUCUCCUCGCAAUAAACGAUCGCUUUCAAACGAUUAUAUCAGCUGGAACGCCAUACGUAUGUGAACACAGUAUUUGGGAAGAGUUACGAGCGAAAUGUUCUACUUUUAAAAAACAACCGCGUUUUUGACAAAUGAUUUUUGAUAGCUCUUACUGAGUAUUUUGUGUAGUUGUUCAGUCUGCGAUCAAUAUUUGACAGCGUUACUUAUUUUCAUAGGUCUAUUAAUGUGUGUUUUCAUAAUUAUAUAAUUUAUAUGCAAAUGAAUGCAUACUUGACUGAAAUUCUAUUGAGCUACCGUGGUGCUUUUAUUAGUGUGUGUUUUCAUAUUCCUAAAAUUUGUAUGCUUACCAAUAUUUGCUGUCCAGAAAGUAAUUGAAAAUAAUGUAUGCUCUGAACCAACAAUAUUUUCAUUGUAUUUGUAUGUUAAAUGAUUGAAUCAGGU